AGUGGAAAAGUAAAAUUGGAUAUACCCGUGAAUCGUCAAUACUAUUUAUUCGUUUUCUGAUUAAAUUGGAAUCCGUCAUGCAAAAUACAACAAAACCAUGUAGAGUGGCCCGCUCGGAGGAAGCAAUUAAUGAGUGCUUGCAAGAAAUCAGAAACGGUGUGGCAAUUAAAACAGCAUGUCGCCGGUUCGGUAUUCCCAGAUCGACGAUCAAGUUUCGGCUGAGUAAUCAAUACAAACACCAAUUAAGACCUGGAGCUGCUCCAGCACUUGAUCAUGCCGACGAACUUGAGCUUGUUGAAUGGGUGAAGAAAAUGGCUCGAAAGGGAUACCCUGUCACUAAAUACCGUAUUAUGAAUCGUGUGACUCUCUAUCUUAAAGAGCAUCCGGAGAAAAAUCGAUUUAAGAAAGGAAAGCCAAGUGACCAAUGGUUUCGCUCUUUUUUGAACCGUCACAGAUCUGAACUGUCUGUACGGAAACCGGAAAGCGUUGCAAAAGCCAGUGCGAACGUAACCGAAUCCGACAUUAGGAAGUGGUUUAAGGAGGUUUCCGGAAUUCUUCAUGAAGAAGAGAUAAACGACAUUCUUUCAGAUCCAAGAAGAAUCCUCAACGGUGAUGAAGCUUGCUUUUACUUGGAUCCGAGCAUUGAUAAAGUCCUCGCUAGACGAGGUGAGCGGAAUGUCUACAAAAUUGACCAUGGACCAGCCAAGAAAAACAUUACUGUUAUGUUUACAUGCUCUGCUGAUGGUGUUAUGUUUCCUCCCAUGGUGGUGUUGCCGUACAAAAAGAUUCCUUUGGAAGUUACCAAAAGUGUGCCAGCCGAAUGGGGAUUAGGUAAAACAGAUAGCGGAUGGAUGAAUAAGGAAUGUUUUUGACGUAGGACUACGUCUUACGGCAAGUUUUGAGAUAGGGUGUCAUUCCAAAAAAUCGAAAAAUGCGAGCGUCACGAAAAAUGAAAGGUUUUGAGCGCUAAUAGCUCAGCGGUUUUCCAAUCGAUUUUCAAUAUUCUUACACCGAUCGAUUGGAAAAUCUUCUAAGAAUUGGCCCAAAUGAAGAAAAGUAUGGAUUCUUGAUGUUGAACUAUUGAAAAAUUGAAAAUAAUGAACCUAUGUUUUACCAGAAUUCUCGCUUCGUGAUUGGUUGGAAGAUUCUUUAGGAUGAUCUAAACCUAUACCAAUUUGAUAUCUGUGCUUGGGAAGUAAGCCAAAACAAGUGACAAAGUCUCCUCAUUUCAAUAAGAUUUCUUAACACCGCGGUUAAACUUAGACCAUUUUGAUGUCCUUGCUUCCCAGUAAACCAUUUGGUUUGUAUAUCUCGAUUGCAACUGAGGUAUACGAAAUCAUAUCUGAACGAAAAAGUUAUAUUUCACGCCAUAUAAGAGCAUGUAUGUACCAAAGUGGAGGCGAUAUACGUGCGAAAAUUUUGACAACUAUUUGUAAUUCUAUUUUGCGCAGUUUUUAUAACACUCAACU